GGCUCUGCUGAUUAUAUUACCAUUAAUAAAAAGAUUAGGAAGAUCGAAUCCUAUAGAAUUGAUAUGAAGAACGCUACAUUUUUGAAAGGAAAGGGUAAUUUGCCUUUUAAGAGUAAGAAUUGUUCGGAAGUAAAGCGAUUAUAUCAAGAUGACCUACGUUUGUUUGGUUUAAUACGACAUAUAAAUCUGAUGCGUUCAAAACAGUUAAGUCCUUUUGGUCCUUCGUUUAUUGGAAUUUCAACAAAUGAACCUUAUGUUAUACGGAUUCGCAUUUGGAAAAUCAAUUAUAUUCGCGCGGGUAUUUAUAUUGGUGGAAUUGUUCUUUUCUUCAUGUCGCAUUCGUUAGUUCGUAACGUUAUUUUUUAUUACACGAGUGGAUGUACUGUUGGCGUAAUUGCAUCGUUGCUCCUUGUUGGUUUCGUUGUAUAUCGCUUUACUCCAAAGAAAUGGUUUGGAUUUCCAUUACUAAUUAGUGGAUGGAGUUUCUCAUUAUAUAUUUUUUAUAUGAUAUGGAGGAAUUUUGCCAUGCUUAUUACACACUACCAGAAAUUUUUAGCAGCUUAUUUUGGUACUUCAAUACUAAUUUCUUUCGCUAUAUGUUAUCGUUAUGGUCCGCCAACUGAUGUUCGUACUCAUAAUCUUGCCCAAUGGGGAAUUCAAUCAAUUGCCUUAAUUGCUAUAUAUUUUUCCUGCCAGGCUAGUGCUUGUUUUUGGCGGUUUUUUUUUCCUGAAUAUCGCCGUUUAUUGACACUUGAUGAAUAUGAAAGAGAAGGAGAAGAAGAAACAAGAAAAGCACUUGAAGAACUACGUAAGUUCUGUCGCAGUCCGAAGGCGGAUGUUUGGAAAAUAACAUCGGCUAUGCGUGAUCCGAAAAGGUCUUUUAAUGAAUUUUGA